AUGAAGGCAUUAGUGCUCACCCUCCUCUUCCUCUUCCUUGCAGCCAGCGAGGCCAUAGAAUUUACCAGAUGUGGACUGGCUUCAUUUCUGAAACGGCAUGGACUGGAUGGAUUUCAUGGCUACAAAUUGGGCAACUGGGUCUGUAUGGCUUAUCAUGAGAGCAGGUACAACACCAAAGCUGUGGGGCGGCCAAACCCGGAUGGCAGUCGUGACUACGGGAUUUUCCAGAUAAACAGCCGCUGGUGGUGCAACAAUAAACAGGGCCGUACAGCUAAUGGCUGCAAGAAGCUUUGCAGCG